AGAGUGGCUGUAAGCUCAGUGACUCUGCGAGGCUAAGGCCAGAAGACACGUUCAGGCUGGGGCAGCCGCUGUCAAAGGCGAUGGCUGGCAAGAAAAGUCGGAGGAAAUCCCACAAGUCCAGGAGGCAGGCGGUGUCCCGGUCUUCAAGAGCGGAGCUUCAGUUCCCCGUGAGCCCCGUGGAGCGUCACCUGAGACAGGGGGGCUAUGCCCCGAGGCUGUCCUCCACCACAGCAGUUUUCCUCGCUGGUAUUCUGGAGUACCUGACAGCAAACAUACUGG